AUGGAGCUUCCAUCCACCCAAGGACCGCAUGAGGAACAUGCUCACGACUCCAGUUGCACCACAAACUCUCCAAAAUCACCCGUCGACACAUUUUCGUGGGAGCGAUCCGCUGUAAAACCACCCACUCCAAACAUUAUUUUUUCAGAAGAGGACGUCCAAGGUGAAACCAGCAUGAAUACCUACAGAAGAAAAUCCUAUAACGACGCUCGCGGCCCUGCAAAGAAGCCUCAACGAGUCUUUACAGCCAGGGUUUCCAUGGCUGGAAAGCAAGCCCGCAGAUAUGCAAAUGAUGAUGACAAUAUUUUUUCCAUUGUAGAAGAAGAAGAAAAGCCCAGGAUGGCAAAACUAGAGAGAAUCCCAAGAUCGCAUAUCCAACUUGAAACCACUACCAGUACUACAGCCACUACCACUGCAAACAAACCAUCGAUGCGUCGGCCACGGCACUCGCUUCCCAACCUACCCAGCAAUACCACCUCGCUUCUACAAAAGGAGGUUCGAAUAAGUCAGUUUGAUGUAUCAAACACAUCCGUGUUUCGCCGAUCUGCAGCAGGUCGACAAUCGCAGUUGUCGCCAACGAGGACGGGACGAGAAGCUCGUUUUGGACGUCAGCGAGAACUGUCACCACCACUCACAAAGAAGAACAACCUUGUUUCCGAGAGAAGAAAAGUGUUUUCCUCUCCUACCAACAAAUCGCCCACAGCAGUAAUCAAGCCACCAAGACGUCUCGAUUCCUGGCUGCCACCCCCACCGCUGGGGCAAAAAUCGCAACCAGGUACACCUUCCACGGUCUGCUCGGGAGACGAGUGGUCCUUUGCCUCCUGGACGGACACUCCUGCCGCCGAGUCGAAAAAGUCGCUAAUUCCAUGA